AUGGUAAUGUCUCCCAUUAUUCUUCACAUUAUUCUCAUCUUCCUUCUCUGCUCGACUUGCUGCGGAAACGGUGAUCUUGAAGCGCUGCUGAAGCUGAAAGCCUCCAUGAUCGGGCCGAAAGGUUCCGGCCUUGACGAUUGGAAAACGACGUCGUUGUUGUCUCCCUCGGCUCAUUGUGGUUUUGCUGGUGUCACAUGCGACCGGGAUUUUCGAGUGGUGGCUCUCAACGUGUGCGGUCUGCCUCUUUUCGGCAAAGUCGGGGUUGAGAUUGGGCUCCUCACUAAGCUCGUGAACCUCACAAUUGCCGACAACAACUUCACGGGAAAGCUUCCGGAGGAGAUUGGUAACCUCACGGCUCUGAGGCAUUUAAACAUUUCCAACAACUUGUUCUUCGGGAAAUUCCCCGGAGGAAUCACGCAGCGGAUGAUGGAGCUGGAGGUCUUAGACGCCUACAACAACAACUUCACCGGCCCACUCCCUGUCGAGCUCGUCGACCUCAAAAAUCUCAAGCAUCUUCAUCUGGGCGGGAACUACUUCACCGGCCCGAUUCCCGAGAACUACUCCGACAUUCUGAGCUUGGAGUAUCUGGGCCUCAACGGAAUCGGGCUCACCGGAAAGUUCCCGGCCAGUCUGUCACGUUUGAAGAAUCUGAAAGAAAUGUACGUCGGCUACUUCAACUCUUACGACGGCGGGAUUCCGCCGGAGUUAGGGUCGUUGAGUUCGUUACGGGUUCUCGACAUGGCUAGCUGUAAUCUCACCGGCACCAUUCCAAUUAGCCUCAGUAAUUUAAAGCACUUGCACUCUCUGUUUCUUCAAAUUAACCAGCUCACCGGUUUCAUACCUCCUCAACUCUCUGCCCUCACUAGCCUCAUGUCUCUUGAUCUUUCCAUAAACCUUCUCACCGGAGAGAUACCGGCGACAUUCUCGGAGUUGAAGAACAUUACCCUCAUCAAUCUGUACAAGAACAAUCUCUAUGGCUCCAUUCCCAGAUUCGUUGGCGAGUUUACUCAUCUUGAGGUGCUUCAGAUAUGGGAGAACAACUUCACUUACGAGCUGCCGGAGAAUCUCGGCCGCAAUGGGAGGCUGAAAGAUCUGGACGUUACUGGGAACCACUUCACGGGGUUGAUUCCUAAGGAUUUGUGCAAGGGAAGGAUGUUGAGGAAUCUGAUACUGAUGGAUAAUCACUUCUUUGGCCCCAUUCCUGAAGACCUCGGCCAGUGCAAGUCGCUCAUCAAGAUUAGGAUGAAUCGAAACACACUCACGGGGACUAUUCCGGCAGGGAUGUUCAGUUUGCCUAAUGCGAUUAUGAUCGAGCUCAAUGAUAAUUAUUUGUCUGGCCAACUUCCAGCGCAAAUGUCUGCAGGUUUACUCGGAAUCCUGGGACUUUCCGGGAAUCAAAUUUCCGGUGAAAUCCCACCGGCCAUUGGCAACCUGAAGAAUCUGCAGACAAUUUCUCUCGAAAUGAACAAUUUUUCAGGUGAAAUUCCGAUGGAAAUCUUCAAUCUGAAAUCAUUGGCUAAGAUCAACAUCAGCGACAACAACUUGAGCAGUAGAAUUCCGGACACAAUUUCUCAAUGCUCCUCCCUGACUUCUGCUGAUCUUAGCAGAAACAAAUUGGUUGGAGAAAUUCCCAAGGGAAUUGCAAAGCUGAAGGUUCUGAGCAUUCUGAAUUUCUCUCGAAAUCAUCUAACCGGUCCAAUUCCUAUGCAAAUCCGCAAUAUGAUCAGUCUCACAACUCUUGAUCUCUCCGAUAACAAUCUCAGCGGCAAACUCCCAUCCGGUGGUCAAUUUCUGGUGUUCAGCAACUCGUCCUUUGCCGGAAACCCCUUGCUCUGUUAUCCACACAGUGUGUCAUGCCCGGCUGUUCGAGCCCACAAGUCAUUUGGUACCUCCAGGGUGGCUCUGAUCAUAAUUGGACUCUCUACCAUUCUGCUAUUCCUACUGAUCACAGUUUACAAAAUGAAAAGGACAAAGUUUCAGAAAUCCAUGGCUUGGAAGCUGACCACAUUCCAGCGGCUGGAUUUCAGAGCAGAGGAGGUGCUGGAGUGUUUGAAAGAUGAAAACAUCAUAGGCAAAGGCGGUGCCGGAGUAGUCUACCGCGGCUCCAUGCCGGACGGCGUUGACGUGGCAAUCAAACGGCUAGUGGGGAGGGGAACAGGACGAAACGAUCACGGAUUUUCCGCCGAGAUAAAGACAUUAGGACGAAUCCGGCACAGGAAUAUCGUUAGGCUGUUGGGGUUUGUGUCAAACAAGGACACGAAUUUGUUGCUGUACGAAUACAUGCCUAAUGGGAGCUUGGGGGAGGUGUUGCAUGGGUCAAAGGGAGGACAUUUGCAGUGGGACAGGAGGUACAGGAUCGCCGUGGAAGCUGCCAAAGGGUUGUGCUAUCUCCACCAUGACUGUUCUCCUUUGAUUAUUCACAGGGAUGUUAAGUCCAAUAACAUCUUGCUCGACUCCGACUUUGAGGCCCAUGUUGCUGAUUUUGGGCUCGCUAAGUUCCUUCAAGACGCCGGAGCUUCCGAAUGCAUGUCUUCCAUUGCUGGUUCCUACGGUUACAUUGCCCCAGAGUAUGCAUACACAUUGAAAGUGGACGAGAAAAGCGAUGUGUACAGCUUUGGUGUGGUUCUGCUGGAGCUAAUUGUUGGGAGGAAACCUGUAGGGGAAUUUGGUGAUGGUGUUGACAUUGUAAGGUGGGUGAGGAAGACUAUAUCAGAGCUCUCUCAGCCGUCGGACGCAGCAGCAGUGCUCGCGGUGGUGGAUCAUAGGCUCAGUGAAUACCCCUUGGCAGGGGUCAUACACCUGUUCAAGAUUGCAAUGAUGUGUGUCGAGGAUGAAAGCUCUGCAAGACCUACAAUGAGGGAAGUGGUUCACAUGCUCACUAAUCCGCCGCGCUCUGCUCCAAACCUACUCAACCUAUAGCAGUUUAGCUACAUUGGCGCUCUUCCACUUCGAUGCUUUUGAGUAAAUAAGAAGUCUGCAGAAAGUAAAAAUAAUUUUGUGCUGAGAGUGUAACAAAUGGUGUUCAACAACUGUUUUUGAUUGACAUGGCAGGACUUAAGAGAUUUGUUGGUUUUCUGCUUUUCGCGGAGAUUGAUCGGUUUUUCUUAUGUUCAUUGUAAAUUACUGGUUUCUGUGUUAAGAAAAAUGUAGUAUAAAUGUGUUGCUUUCCAG